AAACUGCACCCCCCCCCCCCCUUUGCCUCUGUUGUCUAGCCACUAAAUGGUGGAUAAUACAGCCUAACUGUAAAGCUUUUCAUGGCUGCAAGGUUGUGUACGUUUAACUAAAGCCAGCAUGUCAGAGAGACACCGGGCGCUGCCGUCAUGGAUGGCAAAGAAGGAGGAGAAAGUGAAGAAAAAGGAGCCGCUGAAGAGCAGGAGAAGACAGAAAGUUGCACGAGCUGUUUUCUACUGUAUGAACGAGAAAGAGCUGGUGGAAGCGGCCGUGUCGUAUCUUACCAGUGGUGCCUGCGAGGAUGUGGAUCUCCUUACUGACCAAAAGGUUGAGGUCACAACAGGAGACACCACUGUGAAGAUCAGGGAGAAACCUGCCUCAUCAAAGACAAAAGCAAAGCCAGUGGCAGAAGCUUUGGAGGAGGAGUCCUCAGACUGCACUGAUGACCAGGAGAUGACAUAUGUUUCAGAAACAGACUUGGACAUUACUGAGGUGGAAACAGUGCCAUACACUAGGAGCCAGCAGCAUCAGGGACCUGAGAGUCAGGGGUCAGGACUAGUUCAGGAUCACAGUGGUCCAAUGAACGCUGAACUGGAGGCUGAGAAAAGAGAGGAGCGCUCACAGAUGCCAGCAAAUGCAGUGGAGGAGGAUGAUGCCUUAAGGCUUGUGCGGGAAAUUUUUUUCACCUGAUAAUGAAUUCCAUGGAAUGCCACUGAAAUGUGAGCACUUACCCUUGUAAAGUAUUUCCAACAAAGGAAAAGUCCUCUGUUCUAGGGGGAUGUUACCCAGAUCACAGUUUCACAAGACUGGCCAAUCAGUACUUGUGAAUGCACACAGCUCCUCCAUAAAGCUACAAACUGAGGAACUGAUCCUUUCGAUGUCACUGGGAAAUACCAUUUGGCAUAGCUCAGUGGAAAGUGGACGGAGAGACUCAACACUGCAUCAAAAUGAGUUGUAAAUGCUGAUGUAUACUUGUUAUCUCAAUAAAGCAAGAGUGUGCCUUCAAAAAGUUUA